UACACAGCGAGUCCUCCAAUUUGGGCUCAAGUUUCUUACUACCUUGCUGGGGUUGGAUCUCUGAGGUGAAGAAAUGCUGUCAUUCAGGGAUGUGGCCAUUGAUUUCUCUGCAGAAGAGAGGGAAUGCCUGGAGCCUGCCCAGUGGAAUCUGUACAGGGAUGUGAUGUUGGAGAAUUACAGCCACCUUGUGUUCGUGGGCCUGUCUUUCUCCAAGCCAUUAUUGGUCAGAUUUCUGGAGAAAAACCAAGAGCUUUGGAAUGUGCAGAGAAAAGCAGCAGCUGCACCCCAAGCAGGACAAAAGCCUUACAAAUGUAAAGACUGUGGCAAAGCCUUUGCUAAGAGCUCGGUCCUUACUCAUCACCUGAGAACCCACACUGGAGAGAAACCCUACAGGUGUGACAUAUGUGGCAAGGCCUUUUCUCAGCGCUUCGUACUUCAUAACCACCAGAAAAUUCACACCGGAGAGAAACCUUACAAAUGUGAAGUGUGUGGCAAGGCCUUUUCUCAGCGCUUCGUACUUCAUAACCACCAGAAAAUUCACACCGGAGAGAAACCUUACAAAUGUGAAGUGUGUGGCAAGGCCUUUUCUACGCGCUCCACACUUAUUAACCACCACAAUAUUCACACUGGAGAGAAACCUUACAAAUGUGAAGUGUGUGGCAAGGCCUUUUCUACACCCUCCUCAAGGACUAACCACCAGAAAAUUCAUACCUAUGGAAUGAAACCCUAUGAGUGUGACGUAUGUGGCAAAAAGUUUUCUAGUCCUGCAGACUUAACAAAACACCAAAGAGUUCAUACUGGAGAGAAACCAUACAACUGUGAAGAGUGUAAAAAACCCUUUAGCGAUCUUUCAACCCUUAGUAAACACAAAGUAGUUCACACUGGAGAGAAACCCUACACCUGUGAGAAAUGUGGCAAAGCUUAUAGCAGGAAUCAUCACCUUAGUCGACACAAGAAAGCUCAUACUGGACAGAAGUCCUACAAGUGCAAAGAAUGUGGCAAAAUGUUUUACUAUUCUUCAGGCCUUAAAAGACAUCAGAGAAUUCAUUCUGAGGAGAGGCCCUAUGAGUGUGAGGAAUGUGGCAAAGCCUUUCCCAGUCCUUCAGACGUCACUCAACAUGCACGAACCCAUAAGAGAAUGAAGCAAUAUACCUGUGACAAUUGUGGCGAGUGCUUUACUAUUCAGACAACAGUUUCUAACCUCCGGAAAAUUCGUCUGGAGGGAAAACCAUCUGAAUGUGAGAGAUGUCGAAAGGCCUUUUAAAGGUUCUUCAUAACUUAAAACACACAAGAGUGUUCAAACAGCUAGCCUGCACAUGGGGAGGACGUGGCAGAUGUUUUAUGUAUUAUUCAGCUGUUGGUCAACCACAAACAAUUCACACCUGAGAGAAACCCUACACAUGUGCAGAAAAAGACCAGGGCAUAUCAAUCCCUCAUGUCUAUAUAAGCAUUGGAGAAUCCAUCUGAUGGGGAAGCCUUCAAGAGCAGUCAGUGUGACAAGUCCUUUACCUGUUCUUCACACCGUAAGUAUCCUAGAGACAUCAUACUACAGAGACACUCCACGUACAAACACUGCCUAAGCCUUGAAUUCA